GGUGCGCAUACAUAGGCGGCAUAGGGUAAUUUCCCAUACUCCUGUAUAUUACGGUCAUCGGGAAAGACAGUUUCACGGAAUCGCUGAAUAGAGAGAGGUCGAAGGCGCUGCGGAAGUGGGCGGCCAUGGAGAAUCUCAAGGAAUCUGUGAACAAACCAGGUAUACAUCGGGGAAGGGGAAGAAAAGCCCCUCUUCGCCAAGUAGUAUAUGUCUCUAACGGACGGGCUGAUAUGAUCACACGUCGGUGUGCACUGGCUGCGCUAUCAACUAUCAAUGAGAAACUGGAUCUGAAAUACAAGCUUGUUAAGCCAAAAGGGUGUAUCCACUGCCCAACUCCAUCGAAGCACAGGUUCUUCUACCAUUGCAACUUUGUUGCAAGGCCUGAAAACGGAAGUGACGCUGAUGAUAAGCUCUUUUUUGCGGAAUUAGAGGGGAAACAAGAGAAGCUUGGCGACCAAAUCACUCUCACCCUCCUUUUCUCACGCAUUUUGGGGCCCUGUGAUUCUGAGGAAACAGAUCCCAACGACUGUGAAUUUUGUGCAGCUCUUCCAGCUUGGGUCAAACAUCCUAAAAGCGGUGGAUACCACAAAUAUGUUGAGCCGUUUUGUGGUGAUGGAGUAGUAAUUAGUAAAUAAAAACAUUAAUUCCUAUUUUUGAAUUCACAAUUCUUUGGAAAAUACUCUGAUUAGUGCCAAAGUAAAGUAGUAGUUAGUCCUACAUUUUAGGGAAUUUUAGGGAAUAAGAACACAACACUCCUAUUUUGGAAAACGUUUUUACUCUAUUUUGAAAAGUCUGCCAUUCCUUUUAAUCUUUAUUUUUAGAGUGACAAUCAUU